GUCGAUCAGGCAGCGUCAAAUCAUCGCCGACCAUGGCGGAAUGUGGUCGAGUUGAUAGUAGCACAAGUAGUCACACCAUGGAUAAAAGCAUCACCCUUCCGCCCGACGAGAUAUUCCGCAAUUUGGAAAACGCCAAACGGUUCGCAAUAGACAUAGGUGGGUCGCUAACAAAGCUUGCGUACUACUCAACUGUUCAGCACAAAGUAGCUAAAGUGCGAUCUUUCGACCACUCUACUAAGGAGGCUCCCAGUGACAAGCUUUAUGAAAUAUCAGUGCAGGAAGAGGUCACUGCACGCCUGCACUUUAUCAAGUUUGAGAAUGCUUACAUUGAAACGUGCUUGGACUUCAUCAAAGACCACCUGGUCAACACAGAAACCAAAGUUAUCAAAGCCACAGGUGGAGGUGCACACAAGUUCAAGGAGCUUAUCGAGAGGAAACUGGGACUCAAAGUGGACAAAGAGGAUGAGAUGACCUGCCUCAUCAAGGGCUGUAACUUUGUGCUGAGGAACAUUCCCCAUGAGGCUUUCGUGUAUGCCAAACAUGCAGACUCAGAGUUCCGCUUUCAGACAACUCAUCCAGACAUCUUCCCCUACCUCCUUGUAAAUAUUGGCUCUGGAGUGUCAAUAGUCAAGGUGGAAUCAGAGGAUAAGUUUGAGCGAAUAGGAGGAAGCUCAAUAGGUGGAGGGACGUUCUGGGGCCUCGGAGCCUUGCUCACCAAAACGAAGAGGUUUGACGAGUUAUUACAACUGGCCUCCAAAGGGCAGCACACAAGUGUUGAUAUGCUUGUCAAAGAUAUCUAUGGAGGGUCCUACGGGUCCUUAGGCUUGACUGGGGAUCUUAUUGCGAGCAGUUUUGGCAAGUCUGCAACUGCUGACAAAGAGUUUUCUAAGGAAGACAUGGCAAAGAGUUUACUCCACAUGAUUAGUAACGACAUUGGGCAGCUGGCCUGUCUUUAUGCCAAACUCCACAACCUGUCCAGGGUCUAUUUUGGAGGCUUCUUCAUCAGAGGACACCCUGUCACCAUGCACACCAUCACCUACAGCAUUAACUUCUUCACAAAGGGUGAAGUUCAGGCCCUGUUCCUCAGGCAUGAAGGUUAUCUGGGAGCAAUAGGAGCAUUUCUUAAAGGAGCAGAGGAAGACAAUCCAAACCAGUACAGUUGGGGUGAGAAUUAUGCUGGAAGUUCCGGUUUGAUGAGCGUUUCUCCAGACAUGUACCCUAUGCAGCGCGCGCGCAGUGGAACGUUUGACAUGUUGGAGAUGGACCGUCUGGAGAGACAGCUGGUGAAUCUGCCUCUACUGCAGGACCCAUCCUCUUACAUCCCUGACACGGUGGACCUAACAGAGGAUGCUCAGGCCCGCGAGUACUGGCUUUACUGUUUCGAAGAGGCCCUGGACGGGGUGGUUAAAAGAGCUGUGGCGAGCCAGCCUGACUUGCCAGAGGCGGCAGAGCGAGCUGAGAAGUUCCGCCAGAAGUACAGACACAAGCUCCAGACCCUCCGCUACCAGCCUUUUGCUUACGGGUCUCUCACUGUCAGAAGUCUGUUGGACACGAGGGAACACUGUUUAAACGAGUUCAACUUUCCUGAUCCCUACUCUAAGGUUAAACAGAGGGAGAACGACAUGGCUCUGAAGUACUACCAGAAGGCGGUGAACUCCUUGGAGAAGUUGAGCUGGGAGGAGAGACAGUUUGCCCUGGUCAGGGGCGUCCUGGCUGGGAAUGUGUUCGACUGGGGAGCCAAGGCCGUGUCAGAUGUUCUAGAAUCUGAUCCUGAGUUUGGCUUUGAGGAGGCUAAAAAACAGUUGGAAGAGCGGCCGUGGCUUAUUGAUUCGUACGACCAGUGGCUGGAGAGACUAAAGGGUCCUCCUCAUAGGUGUGCCUUGUUUUUCGUAGACAAUAGUGGCAUGGACAUCAUUCUAGGCGUGAUGCCUUUUGUCAGAGAGCUUCUCUCCAGAGGAACCGAGGUUGUGUUGGCCAGCAACUCUGGUCCUGCUUUAAAUGAUGUAACCAAUGGCGAACUGCAAAUAUUGACUGAAAGAAUCGCUGCUAUGGAUCCAGUGAUUCAGGCUGGUCUGAAGGAGGACAGGCUGACAUUGGUACAGAGUGGCUCCAGUUCUCCCUGCCUGGAUCUCAGCCGCCUGGACAAAGUCCUGGCGAUGGUCGUGCGGGAGCGUAAGACCGACUUGGUGAUAAUCGAGGGAAUGGGCCGAGCCAUUCACACCAACUACUACGCCAUGCUGAGGUGCGAGAGCCUCAAGAUGGCCGUCAUCAAGAACUCGUGGUUGGCCGACCGGCUGGGAGGGAAGCUGUUCAGCGUGGUCUUCAAAUACGAGCUGCCGGCCGCGAAGGCCGACCAGGACUCUGCGGUGCUGCCGCCCGUAUGAGCCCAGCAGAGCUCGCGUUUCAGGACGGAACGCCGAGGCCGAGCGAGCGGGUCGCCCGCAGCGCUGAAUGUAAGGAUGGAGGUCGUAUACUGCCACCGAAGGAGCGAAGAUUGUCAAAUUAGGCUGUUUUCAAAGUGGUCACAACAGUUCACACUCGUGCUAGUUUCAUUAAGACGUUAAGGGUUGCUUUCUUGCAGGGCUCUAUCCAAUCAUGUAGAUUACUGCCUAUUGAUUACUUGGCAAACGGAGCUUAAUCACUGGCUGUGGCAUCACCUGUGUUUAGGAAAAUGACUCACAAGCAGAACAUUUUAUCACAACGUGCAUCACAACACAGGAGAACAAGCACCGGAUCCUCUGGCCUGUGGAUGGCGCUGCCAUGGUUCUGUCCGUGCGCUGAAGCCCACAGCUUCUUACACUUUGUGUAAAAAGUGUGUUAAUGUGCCUUAAAGCAUCUUCCUCUCAGACCUUGUUUAGUUCCUGUAGGCGACGGUAUCACACAGGUAGCGUUUGCUUCCACACGUUGUGUAGUUUUUCACUGCCAGUAAACGAGAAUGAGGAAAAAUCAGUCCCUAUCACUUGAGUAGCUGUUGAAGUGGCAUCAGGGAAAAUGUUUGAAUGGGAGAAGCGGAGGGCGCUUGGCCGUGUUCCUCCACAAGGUGGCAGUGUUCUACUGUGUUUUUUUUUUAUUUAACUUCUCAACUCUCUCCUAAGGUGCUGGGUGUCGAAAUUAUCGCUGCAUAUUUCAGAAUAAAUAUUCCACCUCCGCUCGGGAGCAUCAAGUAAAAUUGUCACUGAGCUGGUCGCGCAAUCACUUCGUACACUCACUGUUAAUAACAGGCAUGUACAAGCACACACAAUAAUCCAUCCAUGAAUCACAAAUGCAGUCGUUUGAGGCAGUAACCCUGCAGCACGUAGUUGUAACAAACAUCUGUGCGAGUGUCCAACUGCGUUGGUUACAUCAGUGUAAGACUGAAAGUCACGGAUUUCAACGUGAGCUACAGUCUGUUGACUUGCAGCUCACAUUGCAAUAUUUUAUGUCAUUUGUACAUAAGUGAUACACAGUGUGUGUGUGUGUAUAUAUAAAUAUAUCUAUAAAUGAAAUAAAAUCCAUCAGAAUAACUGCAUUUAUGUGCAACAAGCACAAUUUUGUGUAUUAUUCUCCUGACAAUCAGUUUUAAUUAAAUGGUGAAAUCCUU